AAACUUCAUUACUACUACUAGAUCGUAUAAAUGUCGAAGAAGACAUACUAUUAUUCAAUGCCAACCACAAAGUUUUUCAAUAUAUGCAAAUAAACAGUCGAACGAUCGAGACCAAAGUUCCAAUUAACCGGACUUUUUCAGCGAAGAACAUGGUGAAGAUUCAUCCUGAUGACAAGGCAUUUCCGGAGGAUUCUGACGUCGGAAAGGACAAGGUUUCGCCGUACUUAACGACGGAUAAAGAGAGUUUCACAAUUUGGAUGAGAUCUCUUGUGUUCCAUAGCAAAGGCUGCACAGUUUAUGAUUCCAAAGGAAGCUUAAUCUAUCGAGUGGAUAAUUAUAACUCCAAGAGUUGCAGUGAAGUUUACCUUAUGGAUUUAUACGGCAAAGUCUUGUUUACUUUACGUCAAAAGAAAUUGAGAUUAUUCAAAUCUUGGGAAGGAUAUAACUCAACCGGGACAAGAUUUCGAGUAAGUAAGAACUUCAAGAUUUCAUCAAGAGAUUCAUCUUCAUCAUACAAUGUUGUCAUGGGAUCGCGACAAACUGAUGGUGAUCAACCAUCUUGCUAUAAGAUUGUAAACCGCAGAUCGGAUUUCACAAUCGAGGAUGGAUCAGGAAGACUAAUGGCACAAGUUCAAAAGAAACAAUCGGAUAUCAAAGGUUUGGAUCUUGGAAAAGACGUGCUAACAACGAUGGUGGAGCCACAAGUUGAUCAUUCUUUAAUAAUGGGUAUUGUCAUAGCUUAUAGUCUUCUCAAAUGUAAAUUGUGAUCAUUUUUGGGUGAGAUUGAACUAUUUUGUAAAGUUUAGGGUAGUAAAUAAAAAUAUACAAAUAUUUGAAGAGCAAGAUGUUAAUAUCUUUGUUAAUUACAGUUUUAGGGGGGUGUAUUGGAUAGAACAUUUUGGAUG